UGAUAAUAUUAUCAAGAGUGGCUAACAUUGGAAAAUAACUUUUUCUCUUCUGCUAUGGCUGGCAGGAAGAUGAAGCCAGCCUGUCGCACCCCUUUGCCCUGUCUUGGCACUGACCUGCCAUGGAAAUAUCAAACAGAACAUGAUCCUCAGCAUGAAGGUGGGAAAAAGCUCAAAUUAGAAGGCAAGGAAUUGGUGGUGGUGCCUCCCCAGCUCUUUGCACUGGAAGGACUGCAGGUUUUGGAGAUGAGCCCAGAAAGGGAGAGCUGUCUGAGGUAUAGGAUGGAUCUCAUCCCACAUGAAAUUGGACAGCUGAGGAACCUAACAUUCCUCUACUUGGACUCCAACAACCUGAAAGAACUUCCUGUUGAGAUUGGCUCUUUAGCCAACUUGGAAAGGCUUACUCUUAGCAACAACAGUUUAAUCUCCCUGCCCAAGGAGAUUAGGGGCCUCCAGAGACUCCGCAGCCUCCAUCUGGCGAAUAACAACCUGGCCGAACUGCCAGCAUCCAUCUGUCAGCUGAGGAGUCUGGUCUUCCUGGAUGCCACAGAUAACCACAUCAGUUUCCUCCCUGACAGCAUCCGGCAACUACAGAAACUGGAAACUCUGCUGCUGCUCUUCAACUCUCUGGAGAGUUUGCCAAGGGGAAUCUGCUUUUUGAAGUCUUUGGGCACUCUCUGGUUGGGCCACAACAAGCUGCCGGCCCUUCCACCGAACUUUGGCUGGUUGGUGAAUUUGGAUUGGGGAUCAAAUUACUGUUCAUGCAAUUUUGAGGGCAAUCCACUGGUGCAGCCACCCCCUGAAGUAUGCAGUGGGGGGCCUACUGCAAUCAGAAGGUAUUUUGCCUCAUUGUAA